UGCCACCGGGGCCGCGCAGGGGGCUGACGAGGGAGGAACUGAGGACCAGGCUGGCCGCCCCACGUCAGAGAAAUGGGGGCAAAGAGCCUCCUGGUUCGGGGCCGCGGGGGUGACGAGGUCAAGCCGACUUCCCCGUGAGACUUAGGAAGCCCCCUGGGCCGGAUGGCGGGAACACUGGCUUGUUCACUCAUCGCGCCUGUCGGGACCUUUGGCGGUCUUUGGUCAAGCGACACAGGCUUUCGCCCGGCCUGUCCUCCGUUGCUCUGGUCCCGUGGCUCAUCCUCGUGUCGCGGAGCCCGUGGCCUGUGACAGGCGCACUCCUGCUCCGGCGCAGGGGCCCUGUCGGUCCACCCGAGGCGUCUUCCGAAGUCCGCCCCCUCCCCAGACUCGUCCCUGUGCCAGAAAGUCUUUGAUGUGCUUCUGGGUCAGAACUCAGCCUCGUUUCGGUGGAGACCCUGUCCCCUCACGUGCAGAGGAAGAGGAAGGCCGCCGACCUCCCAGCGCCGCGGAGAAGCCGCCAUCCCAGAGCCACUCCCCGGGUCCCCAGCCGGAGCGGGAGCGAGAGCAGGGGCAUCGGUGCGUCCGCAGAUGUCCGGGGGUGUCGGGAGCGCAGGGGACACAGCUCCGGCCUCUCUGGGAGCCAGGCCUCCCCCGCGGCCCCGCUCCUGCCCUGGCGCUGUACGGAAAGCGGAUGCUGACCGCAGACGACCCCGCCGAGCCCGCAGAGACCGGCCGCCCGCGGGAGGAUGGCGGACCCGGGGCCCACGCCAAGGCCACGGCCACACUCUCCGGGGAGCACGGCCCGCCCGAGCAGACGCUGAGCCAGCAGCUGCAGCAGCAGGUGGCCCAGCUGCACGAGGCCCUCAGGAGCCAGGAGUCCCGGUGGGCCACGGCUCAGCGCCACCUCCAGAGCCAGAUAGACGCCCUCGUGCAGCAGAACCUGGAGCUCCGGGAUGAACUGACGGCCCCACGGCCGCUGUGGGAGGCAGACGCCGCCCUGGGCGCCAGGCUGAAGCUGGACACUCUGGCCACACACCAGUCCUCCCAAAGUCUGCAAGAACCGAGCGGCCAAAAGUCGCCAGAAGCAGCCGCGAGUGUCGCCAGGCUCCAGGAGUGUCCAGCUGCUCAGGGAAAGGGCACCCGUCCACUGCCUUGCAAGGGUCCUGAGGGCGGGCUUCUCAGCCGGGAGCGGGCUGGUAGGUCUGCCUGCUCCCCGCAGGGCGCUGCCCGGCCACAGAACCCUCCUGGAGAGCCAGGGCCUUCCCGUGUCGACGCCCAGACAGAACAGGGGGACCAGGAAGAAGGAAUGCGGUCCCCGGCCAGCGAGGUUUAUGGUUCCGCAGAUGCUCGGAUCACACACACGACCCAUCCCAGCGGUCCGGCCGUCCUGCGGUUCCCUGAGCAGACAGAAAAAUACCACCCCGAUGGCUCGACGGAGAUCGUGCAUCCGGACGGGACCGUGAGACGUCUGAGCGGCGGCUGUGAGGAGACAGUGUUUCCGGACGGGACGGUCGUCACCGUGGAGAGGAGCGGCGACAGGACCAUCGUGCUCAGCAACGGGCAGAGGGAGAUCCAAACGGCCGGGUUCACGCGGCGGGAAUACCCCGACGGCGCCGUCAGGACCGUGUACUGCACGGGCUCCCAGGAAACCCGGUCCGCCUCCGGGACCGUGAGCAUCAGGUGCCAGCCUGGGAACGUGCUCCUGGCCAGAAGGCAUCGGGCGUCCCUCAAAACCCAACGUUACGCGUGACUUCCCGAUUAUGGUUUUGGUUUUUUUUUUUCUUUUUGUUUUUUGUUUUUGUUUUUUUCUGAAACAGACACAGAAACUAAUAGCCUAUUCACGGCCCUAAAUGGCGAUAAAACUUUAGGACACCCCAAGUCAUGCAGGAUUUGUGACUCCAUAGACCCCGGGCUUCCUUGGUCGAGAUGCAUGGUUCGAUCGGCCCCAGCUGGGGGACAGGGGACUCACCAGAGAGCGCGUCCCAGGAGCCCUAGCAGGGCCGCCACUGUCCGCCUCUCAGGAGCCGGCGCUGCCCUGUGACGGGAUCGGGGGGUCAGCGGGGCCGUCCCGUUAGGCCCCCUGAUGAGCAGACCCCGACUUCCCUCCCUCCACAAGCCCCAGCCAGACCGAUUGCCCUCCGUGACCUCUAACCCCCAACCUUGCCGGGUCGGGUAGGAAGAGAGUUGUAGCCCCGCACAGAGAGCCUGGCCCAGGUCAGCAUGGUGGGUGUCGGGGCCCGUCCCUGCCCGGCAGCAGUCCCCUCCGGAGGCUCAGGAUCUUCUCCUCUCAAGGUCACGACAGCGACCAGUGACCUCCUCAUGGUGCCGUUUGCAGGCCACCUAGAAACUAACAGUGCGAUGGCGGCGAGCGGGCUUCGUCCUCACGCGGAGACUCCCCGGGGAAGAAUCCCUUCUGGAACCAUCUUGUCGUGAAACGUGGAUUUGUGUUUGUGUUUUCGGUGCGCACUCCUGUUCUGCUCUGCAGGACGCGAGCCAUCCUGUGUCCGUCGCCGUAGCCAUGUCAACCCGUGUCACCCGCGCCGCGUUACGGAGGCCAUCGGGAUGCUGGUGACGCUGUCUGAAGUGACCCAGGGACAGCGUGCUCUCGGCUCUGGAGGAGAGCAGAGAGAGCAGCUGCCCCGGACGGAGGCCUCUCCCUUCCCGAGGACCACGGCCCCGUCACUGGUCAGUUAACAGGUGAAACUAAUCUGUUAGGGAAAAGCUGCUUUUGCUUUGUCUUAAGAAAGAAAUAAAGAAAAGCACGUGCCGAUUGUUUUAUUUUGAAUGAACUUAUCCCGAGAAUUUCCA